CACGGCCAUCUUUGUGCGGGGCCGUGCUUCCGCCGGCACCGCGGCUGGGACUCUGCAGUGGGCUGCGGGUGAUGGAGCGGUGGGCGCGCCCGCAGCUCCUGCUGUGGCUGCUGUUGCUAUUACUGCCCCCAGUGCUGGGCCGCCAGAAGGAGUCAGGUUCAAAAUGGAAAGUAUUUAUUGACCAAAUUAACAGGUCUUUGGAGAAUUAUGAACCAUGUUCAAGUCAAAACUGCAGCUGCUACCAUGGUGUCAUAGAAGAGGAUCUAACUCCUUUUCGAGGAGGUAUCUCCAGGAAGAUGAUGGCAGAGGUAGUCAGACGGAAACUGGGGACCCACUAUCAGAUUAUUAAGAACAGAUUAUACAGAGAAAAUGACUGCAUGUUCCCCUCGAGGUGUAGUGGUGUUGAACACUUUAUUUUGGAAGUUAUCGGACGCCUCCCUGACAUGGAAAUGGUGAUCAAUGUACGAGAUUAUCCUCAGGUUCCUAAAUGGAUGGAGCCUGCCAUUCCAGUCUUCUCCUUCAGUAAGACAUCAGAGUACCAUGAUAUCAUGUAUCCUGCUUGGACAUUUUGGGAAGGGGGGCCUGCUGUUUGGCCAAUUUAUCCUACAGGUCUUGGACGGUGGGACCUCUUCAGAGAAGAUCUGGUAAGGUCAGCAGCACAGUGGCCAUGGAAGAAGAAAAACUCUACAGCAUAUUUCCGAGGAUCAAGGACAAGUCCAGAACGGGAUCCUCUCAUUCUUCUAUCUCGGAAAAACCCAAAACUUGUUGAUGCAGAAUACACCAAAAACCAAGCCUGGAAAUCUAUGAAAGACACCUUGGGGAAGCCAGCUGCUAAGGAUGUCCAUCUUGUGGAUCACUGCAAAUACAAGUAUCUGUUUAAUUUUCGAGGUGUAGCCGCAAGUUUCCGGUUCAAACACCUCUUCCUGUGUGGUUCCCUUGUUUUCCAUGUUGGUGAUGAGUGGCUUGAAUUCUUCUAUCCACAACUGAAGCCAUGGGUUCACUAUAUCCCAGUCAAAACAGAUCUCUCCAAUGUCCAGGAGCUGUUGCAUUUUGUAAAAGCAAAUGAUGACAUGGCUCAAGAAAUUGCUGAAAGGGGAAGCCAGUUUAUUAUGAACCACUUGCAGAUGGAUGACAUCACCUGUUACUGGGAGAACCUGUUGACUGAAUACUCUAAAUUCCUGUCCUAUAAUGUAACAAGAAGGAAAGGCUAUGAUCAGAUUAUUCCUAAAAUUUUGAAAACUGAACUCUAGGCAUCAUCAUUGGACCACAGUCCUCUCUGGCAGCAGCUCUCAGAUAUCCUGUGGUGAGAAGCUUACCAUGAGCGUGGCACCUCUACCUUGAAUACUGUUAUCAAGCCAAAUACCUGGUUUUCCUUAUCAUGCUGCACCCAGACAACUGAGAAAGAUCAAAAAUGUGUAUAAUAUGGACUCGGAGCAGCUCAACGCUUUGGCUGAAUAAGGACCAGAAAUCAUGAGAUUUGGGUGUUGGACCCAAUUCCACCUUUCAUUUUCUUAAGACCAAUCACAGCUUGUGCCUCAGAUCAUCCAUACAUGUAUGUCCAUCACUGUGAAACCAACUAUGUCCGUCAGAGGAUACUUUGUCCCAUCAUUUGGAGCAGAAAACUAAUCGUUUGGAACUAGUAUAACUCAUCUCUGCAGUUCAGUUAUUCUAGGCUAAUCUUGGUCACUGUAUUUUUAUGUAGGAAGCCCUAUGGGGCUAGUGAAAACCACUUGGGGAUCAUUUCCUGAAAGGUCUAAGGAAGCAGUAGUUGUGCCAUGCAAUGAUGUGGCAGUUCUCUUUUGUAAAAGCAUAAGCUUUUUGGUACUCAGGAGGUUUCUAUAAUGCCACAGAGAAAGGGGCCAAUUGCAUGAGUAAUUAUUGCAAUUGGAUUUCAAGUUCCCCUUUUUUGUGCCUUCACACACUACUUCUUUUUAUGGUCUCUAUUUAAAAAAAAGACAAAAACCUCUUAAUAAAUUUAGAAAGUAGUCCUCACUUUUUAAAGGAACUGUGCACAAAACAGCAAAUUUUCCUCACUCCUUACACACCCUUAAUAUUUUUCCUCUUUAAAUUGGCAGCAGUGUCCACAGCCGCAAGGGCAUGCAGGGACCUCAAGGUGUCUUCAUCUAUGAAAUGUUAUUGGGGUUUAGAUCAUCCAAGUUGAGCACUUACUCAUGUAGGAAAUAUUUCAGUGCAAAUCCAUGUUGGAGUGCCUCUUUUUCCCUUUUUUCCCUUUUUGAAAAACACAUUUGGAUAGUGGUUUAAUCUCUCAGGAUGCUCUCCCUUUUAUAGUCAAAAGUGAAGAAAAAUUUUUAGAUGAAAACCCAUAGUUUGAUGACUCAGAACCAUUCUGUCCCUUUGGCUCAACUUUUCCACAUUAAAUCUGCUCUUUUCCUUUGCUUCUUAAGAACUGUUCCGUAUAUUAGUUUGUUUCAAAAUUAGUAAAUGUGAGGUUCAGUCAUAUAAAAUCAGGGAUUUUAUUCCAUUAGUGAGGAAAGUAUUUGGCUUUUUUAAAAUAAUUUUUUUUAACAUUUAUUUAUUAUUGAGAGACAGACACAGAGCAUGAGCAGGGGAGGGGCAGAGAGAGGGGGAGACACAAAAUCUAAAGCAGGCUCCAGGCUCUGCGCUGUCAGCACAGAGCUUGACACGGGGCUCAAACUCACAAACCACGAGAUCAUGACCUGAGCCGAAGUUGGAUGCUUAACCAACUGAGCCACCCAGGUGCCGCAAGUAUUUGGCUUUUUAAACUCCCUUCCAUAAAUGUUUAAGUCUAAGGACCUUCUUAGAGGAGGAGUUGAAUAUCCUUGGUAAGAUCAUUGCAUAGAAUAAGGCAGACAUUGAAAGUUAGAUGUUUUGUUUCUGAGCAUUAAAAAUUCAUGGGGACCAUGUCCUUAGGUGCUAGAAGUCUAACGAUAAGCAGUCUGGAUUUCUGUGUUGUACAGUGGUGUUGCCUUGUCAGUAUGAGGUCCCAGUAGAUGUUAUCUUUCUCUGUUUUAAUUUUCCUGUCACUAAACUAGAAACAGAAUUUUCUCUUCUUUGAAUGAAGAGCUGAAACUGCAUUUCCCUGUGAAUUUCCCAUUUUGCUUCAAGUUCCAGCUCAAGCAUCCUGUCUCUGGAUCCUUUCUUUCAUUCCAUUAGGCAGUUAGGGGCUAUGAUAAAACUUAGCUCAUGCCUGUGUUAUAUAUCACAUUACACUGUAGUUAUUUGACUAUUUCUGCUACUGUUCUGUAGGCUUCUUGAUGGGUGUGAAUCAUGUUUUAUUCAUCUUGAGGUGUCCAUUAUCCAGUACAGUGCCUCACACAGUAGAUACUAAAGAAUCAUUGAAAGGAAGAAUGGAUGGAUGGAUGGAGACAGUUGACUUAACUAGAUCCUAUUUACAGAUUGACUAGCCAUUUGCUCCUAAGGGGAACUGGAUAAGACUGUAAGAGUUGGAUCAAUGCAGAUUCUCAUCUGCCCUUUGAAUAGUCAAUAAGGGAAUCUUUGUAUUUAAAUUCAGCAAAUGUUAUUCAGAUUUUAUACUUAUCUGUUUACCUCAGUAUAGGUGAUAUGAGGAUGGUGUGUAACAAUAUGAAAAAUAUAUGUUUUUGAAAAUAA